CUUCUGCGUCUUUAGGAGUGAUGGUAGCAUCUGCCAAAUCUCGCACCACGUUCUUACAAUCAGAAGGGUACCGAAAUUUAGUUGUAAGUACCCCUUUUUAGACGUCAUAAAUUGUCACGACAAUAAUCAAAAUGGCGUCUGAUUUAUGAAUCGCAAUCUCUCUUCUGGUCUACUCCAUGCGGACAGCACGUCCGCCUUGUUGAUUUUUGGAUUUUGGCAGCCAUUAGAAUUGGUGAAGUAACGUCGGCCUGUGGCACGUGUCCACUUAAACUUUUAGUUUAAUUUUUCCAGCUUAAUCUCAUAUUCGUCAUGGCUCCCAUCAAGAAACAGAAAAAAGCCCUAGAGUCCAUCAACACCAGGCUGGCUCUCGUCAUCAAGUCAGGGAAAUACUACCUAGGGUACAAACAGACCCUAAAAACCCUCCGACAAGGGAAAGCUAAAUUAGUCAUUUUAGCCAACAACACUCCUGCUUUAAGGAAAUCUGAAGUUGAAUAUUAUGCCAUGUUAGCCAAAACAGGUGUUCACCACUACAACGGCAACAACAUUGAAUUAGGUACAGCUUGUGGUAAAUACUUCCGAGUUUGCACCCUUUCGAUCACAGACCCCGGAGACUCUGAUAUCAUCAGGACAGUGCCCACAGACGGCGGCGUUGCCAGCUAAAUGUUAUCUUGGUGUAUAUUCUAGGUUAAGGUGAAACGUUUUAAUAAAAAAGAUUUUUCCAGUAACUUA